CUGCCUCGCAAAAUGGCGAAUCUGAACAAAGGGGAAUCGGGCCUCCCUCCAACCGCCUUCGCGCAAGCGCCUUCGAGACCACGCCCCAUAACCCCGGCCAACCUGGCCCCGCCCCCCAGCAGGAGCACUGCGCAGGCGUCCCAGGGGCCACACCCACUGCCUAGAUUUGACACCGCCUUCCGCCGUGUCUUGCGCAGGGAAGGCGCCAUACUGGUCUUCGCAAACACCGCCCUGAGUGCUAUACUACGCAGGCGCCGACACGCCCUUUUUAAAUUAUUUAUUUAUUUUUUUGCCAACUGUCCACCCAUUUCUAAGCGACCACUGGGACACACUCCCCCCCCCUCAGCCCAAAUGCGCAAGCGCUCCUCUUCUCAAGUCGGGGUCGGCAUCUUGCAGAAGAAACUUAAAUUCUGGAAAAAGCGACUCAGUAUCAUGGCCGGCUGCCUUAAUGAAGAUCCAGAAGGAAGUCGAAUCACUUAUGUGAAAGGAGAUCUUUUCGCAUGUUCCAAAACAGACUCUCUAGCCCAUUGUAUCAGUGAGGAUUGUCGAAUGGGUGCUGGAAUAGCUGUUCUCUUCAAGAAGAAAUUUGGAGGGGUGCAGGAACUGUUAAAUCAACAAAAGAAGUCUGGAGAAGUGGCCGUUCUGAAGAGAGGCGGACGAUAUAUAUAUUACUUGAUCACAAAGAAGCGGGCUUCACACAAGCCGACUUACGAGAACCUGCGCAAGAGUUUAGAGGCCAUGAAGUCCCACUGUUUGAAGAAUGGAGUCACUGACCUCUCCAUGCCCAGGAUUGGAUGUGGUCUGGAUCGUCUGCAGUGGGAAAAUGUGUCUGCGAUUAUUGAAGAGGUGUUUGAGGCAACAGACAUCAAAAUCACGGUGUAUACACUCUGAACAGAUGAAGAUUUGGAUGACUCACGGUUUUUGUGUCCUUUCUACUUGGCUGUAGGACUGAGCACCUGUAGGACCUCUAAUGGGCAGGGGACAGUGUGUGAGGGAUCUGUGUCACAGGCCAGAUGUGGCUUUCUGUACUCCAAGACUGGAGGGUGCUGGGCCCACGCAGCGUGGCAGGAAACCAGCUUAGUAAGCCCACCGGGUGGGCCUGUUUUGCUCGUCCACUACUCGAUUUGUUUGGCUGGCCACUAGGUGGCAGCGUUGAUUCUAAAGCUCUUGCUUUUAAAGAGAAAUUACGGAGAGGUAGACUUGCGAUUCUUUGGCGUCUUUUAUAUCUGUGCACCUGGUGCCAGUGUGAUGUCAUCAAAAUCAUCCUAGGAAAGGACUAUGGUUGUUUUGUGGUAGUUACACGUGUAGGUUUCUGCUGUCACCAAGGGGUUUGUGGGGACGGGAGUGGAACAAUAAACCUUUCUGUUGGGGUCACUAAA